CUCCGUCACCUUCUCCCCUCGGGCUGUUUUUAUGUGAUGGUUUAAAUUUAGAGGAACCUCCCGCGGUGAAACCUGUGAUAGGAAAUAAAAACACACUAUAAUACACACACACUGUGACACACACGCGCACACAAACUGACUCCGGCUGCAUGUGAGUGGCGUUGUUGCGCCGGGGCUGGAGAGGAUCCGGAGAUGUGUGCUGUCCUUUUUUUCCUGUCAGCAGCCGGAGGAGGGGAACAUGCUCCGGGAAGACACGGACUCUCUGACCGCAGAGCGACGCUGCUCCGCGGGGAUUUUCUCGGGGAUCUAGUCGCUGCAGCGGCGGCGAGGAUGUGAAGCCCUGACGCGCCUGUUUGUCUGUUUUUCUUCCUCGGAGCGCAGGACCGAGAUUCAUCCGUAGCCAAACAGAGGCUGUGCGUGUGCGCGGAGACACGCUGAGGGGAAGAGAGGGCAGAGACAGCGGCAUCUGAGAGGCAUCCACCCCGGGCUCCCCUCGCUCCGCUCCGCUCAGCUCCGCCCGGCUCGGCUCGGCUCCGCAUGCCGCCGCUGCAGCUCCGCUCCUGCCUUCGCCUCCUCCGCCCGUUGUCUCCUCUCUCCUGAGCGGCGGCGGCGGCGGCGGAGAGACGAGCACGGGACGCACGCACGGCGCGCACGCUUGCAGCCAGCACACAUACACGGACAUGGCUUUGUCUUAACACACCGACCAUGACGCAUUGCUGUCAGGGCGCUGCGCACCGCCGCGGCUCCGCGUCCAAAUAAACCUGAGAGGAGAGAGAGAGGGGGAGCGAGGGAGAGGAGGAGGGAGAGGGGGAGACGGACAGAAAGUCAGAAUAAAAUAAUUGUUGCAGGAAGAUGGCGCCCACCAAGCCGAGCAUCCAGCAGGACCCGACGCGGAGAGAACGUGACCCCUACUGGGAGCGGCCGGCUAAUGCGGGCAGCUGCUCCGCCGCCCGGCCCAAGACCCUUCACCUGGCCGGCCAGCAGCACACCUCCUCACCAUGGCUGCAGGCUCUGAGGAAGGAGAAGUCUCGGGACGCGGCGAGGUCGCGGCGGGGGAAGGAGAACUUUGAGUUUUACGAACUGGCCAAGAUGCUGCCGCUGCCGGGCGCCAUCACCAGCCAGCUGGACAAAGCCUCCAUCAUCCGCCUCACCAUCAGCUACCUGAAGAUGAGGGACUUCGCCAACCAGGGAGACCCGCCGUGGAACCUGCGCAUGGAGGGACCCCCCCCCAACACCUCCGUCAAAGCUAUCGGUAACCAGAGGAGGAGGACUCCCAGCGUCGUCGCCUCCGACAUCUUCGAACCUCACAUGGGCAGCCACAUUUUACAGUCUCUGGACGGCUUCGUAUUUGCACUAAACAAGGAGGGACGCUUCCUCUACAUCUCUGAGACCGUGUCCAUCUACCUGGGACUGUCACAGGUGGAGCUGACCGGCAGCAGCGUGUUCGACUACAUCCACCCUGGAGACCACGUGGAGAUGGCGGAGCAGCUCGGCAUGAAGCUCCCCCCGGGCCGAGGGAUGUCUCUGUCCCAGGGGGCCGUCAACGAGGACGGGGCGUCCUCGGCCUCGUCCUCGUCCCACUCUGAGACGCCUGAACCAGUGGAGUCGAGCAGCCCGAGCCUGCUGGCUCCUGACAACACUCUGGAACGGUCCUUCUUCAUCCGGAUGAAGUCCACGCUCACGAAGAGAGGCGUCCACAUCAAGUCCUCAGGAUACAAGGUGAUCCACGUCACGGGCCGUCUGCGGAUCCGCAUGGCGCUGACGCACAGCCGCUCCGUGCCCAAUCAGAUCAUGGGGAUGGUGGUGGUGGCCCACGCCCUCCCCCCGCCCACCAUCAACGAGGUCCGCAUCGACUGCCAGAUGUUCGUCACCCGGGUCAACAUGGACCUGAAGAUCGUGUACUGUGAGAACAGGAUCAGCGACUACAUGGACCUGACGCCCGUGGACAUCGUGGGGAAGAGAUGUUAUCAGUUCAUUCACGCCGAGGACGUGGAGGGGAUCAGACAGAGUCACCUGGACUUGAUGAACAAAGGUCAGUGUGUGACGAAGUACUACCGCUGGAUCCAGAAGAAUGGAGGCUACAUCUGGAUCCAGUCCAGUGCCACCAUCGCCAUCAACGCCAAGAACGCCAGCGAAAAGAACAUCAUCUGGGUCAACUACGUCCUCAGUAAUCCUGAGUACAAAGACACGCCCAUGGACAUCGCCCAGCUGCCAAACCUGCCCGAAAAAACGUCCGAAUCGUCGGAAACCUCCGACUCUGAGUCUGAGUCCAAAGAAAACUCUGACAACGAGAACGCCAAGCCCGAGGGGAAGCCGUCGAGCCACCAAGCCGAGCACAGCGACGACCCGGAGACGGACAGUAAACGCCAGCAGCAGCAGCCACAUUGUUCCUCUGAGCAGGAAAUGAAGCGGCAGGAAGAAGGAGACAGCUCGAGUAACCCCGAGAGCCAGGACAGCGACGACAGCCUGGAACCGUCAGAUGGUGAGGGGGAGGAGCAAGAGGAGGCCAGAGGAGGAGGAGGAGGAGGUGGAGGAGGUGGUGGAGGAGGUGGAGGAGGAGGUGGAGGAAGGUUGGGAAGCUUAACAGGACUCGGAGGGUUAGGAGGACUGGGCUCCAUCGGAGGACUGGGUAAUCUAGGGGGACUGCAUAUUAAAGUAGAGCACUACGGGGAGGGGGAAGAAGUACAGCUGCACAACUCCCAAACUUCUUCAUCUGAGGAGGAGGAGGAGGAGGAAGAGGAGGAGGAGGAUGAAGAGGAGGAGGAGGAGGAGGACGGAUGUGUGCAGGAUUGUGACAGUUCCAACGCUGGAAAUAAGCUCCAGAAACGGCGGAAGAGGAGAAAAGUGCAGAAGUGGGACGGGUCGAGAAGCAGGAGGCUGCGCCUGUCCUCGCCCACGCCCAGCCCGGGCGCCAUCGGAGACGCCGCCCCGCUGGUCGACCCCUCCCAGGCUCCGUCGGCCGCCUCCGCCCUCCUCCUGGCCUCCUCCGGCUCCCCGAACAGCACAGGCGUGACGUCCUCGGGUCUGAAGAUCAAGACGGAGAUGACGGAGCCCAUCAACUUCGACAACGACAGCAGCAUCUGGAACUACCCCCCCAACCGGGAGAUCUCCAGGAACGAGUCCCCGUACAGCAUGACCUCCAAGCCGGCCGCCCCGGGGAGUCACGAGACCUUCCCCUCGCCGCAGGGGGGCUCCCUCCAGGUGGCCAUUCCCGAGUCGGUCCUCACCCCUCCUGGAACCGAGGGAGGAGCCGGGGGGGCGAGGAAGCCUCCGUACAACGGCAGCUCGGCGCCGUCCUCGGCCUCCAGCGCCGUCAGCUUAGCUCCUCCUUCCAGCGCCUCCUCCGCCGACCCCCUCUCCCCUCCGCUGUCUGCAUCCCCCCGGGACAAGCAGCAAGGCACUCCCACCACCACCACCUCCUCCUCCUCCUCGUCUUCAUCCUCGUCCUCGUCCUCGUCCACCUCCUCGUCUUCGCUGCUGUACUCCGGGGACCUGGAGGCCCUGCAGCGCCUGCAGGCCGGUAACGUGGUGCUCCCGCUGGUUCACCGGGUCACGGGGACUCUGGCGUCCACCAGCACCACUUCUCCACGGGUCUACACCACGGGGACCAUCAGGUACGCGCCGGCGGACGUCACCCUGGCCAUGGCGCAGGGCAACCUCCUCCCCAACGCCGCCAUGAACUUCGUCGACAGCUCGGGUUUCGGCCUCGACCCCAAGACGCCCAUGGAGAUGCUCUACCACCACGUCCACCGGCUCAACAUGUCCGCCGCCGCCGCCGCCGGCCCCUUCGUCGGGUCCCCGGCGGCCACCGGCGGCAACGGCGCCCUGGGGGGCCAGAUGCCCACCAACGUGUUCACCACGGCGGAGGGACUCUUCUCCACGCUGCCGUUCCCCGUGUACAGCAACGGCAUCCACACCACGCAGGCCGCCCUGGAGAGGAAGGACGACUAACGCAGGACACCCACGACCGCUUUACUGUGUUUUCCCGAAUCAACAACUGUGUCAAAGACUGCUCACUAGUAAAAACUAUGAAAGACUCCUUUACUUUACUUUGUUUCGUCCACACGGUGCAGCACUGUGUUUUUCCGAGAGGGGAGAAAGGACUGGGAGUGGACGGCGGACGUACUCUAGCACUUUGAAUCUGAGCGACUGAGCUUGUGUAAUAGACAUGAAUGACCCUCAACAUGUCCUCCUCUUUUCUGUCUCUCUCCUCCUCCUCCUCCUCCUCUUCUAUUCUCUCUCCUCUUUUUCUUUCUCUCGGACAAAUGAACGACGACAGAAAACAGACGAUUCUUCAUUGGAAAGGAUUCCUCUUUUUUUGCCUACAGAGAAUUCCCGCGGCCUCCGGACUCGACUGGAGCCUGACGCCAUCACUUCUAUCAUUUGUUUGUGUUGCGUCUUUAUGAAGAUGCUGAUUGUGUAUUUAAAGGAGGACGGUGCAGGGAUUUGUAACAGACGCUGGACUGUAGGUGGCGCUCCUCCUCCUCCUCCUCCUCCUCAUGUCUCUUGAUGUGAUCAAGGCUUGAACAGAGCGUUUUUAAACCGAGCGUCGGGCUCUAACACAAGGUCUCAGAGAUAAUCUUUUGAAAAAAGGUUUUUUUGAGAAUGAGGGAAUUUAGAGUUUAGAGAAUUUCUUUUUGUUUUUAUUUAAUUUCUUCCUUUUUUUUAUAAAAUAUUCUAGCUCAGAUUUAACUUUAACAAAUCAUUAAGAAGAAAAACAAACAAAAAAAAAGCAAUCUCAGCCGGGUAAAGACCUGUGAAUUAUCGAAUGUUACUUCUUCCUCUUUUAUCCCAGGAGCUUUUCCUACAGGUCUCGCACCAAACUCAACCUUCUCUGCGUCUCUUCCCAUCUCGACCUGUCGCUCUUUCCUUUCACUCCGACCUCCGCCUCUUUUUCCCCGUCCAUGUUUGUAGCUGUCGAUCCUGCAGAUCCGUGGUGCUACCCUGACUCAGCUGGCUGACCUGGGUGCUGUAAACGAGAACCCACAGCUCGUUCAGACUGAUCCUUGGUUCUGUUUGUGUGGAGGGGGAAAUUCUUCUUUUUCUUUUUUCUUUAAAAAAAAUAAAUGAAAAGACCUUCAGGAAAAUUAGAAAUACAAAAGGAACCUCUAAAUCAGCCGCGUCGUCUCCACGUUCUCCGACCCGAUUGGCUCGGCUCCGCACGUUAACGUGGAGGCGAGCGAUUGGUUGAUUUUUAGCUCUAGUUGUUUUUUAUUUGUCUGUAUUUUUCUAACUUAAUCACUUUUAAUUCUCAGUGAGACUGAGGCUAAUUAGCUAGCGUCGCUAACUUGAAAAAUGAAUGUUGAAAACCUCGACCGGCUCCUGUAACGUUUUGUUUUUGUACGACUUCCUUGUUUCCUGUUUCCUCCUCCUCCUCCUCCUCCUCUUUUAAAUCUUCUUCCUGAACCAGAAUCACCUCCUCAAGAUUUUUCCUCAAACAAUCCACUCUCUUCCAUCUCAUCGCCGGACCCUGUGAUAAUUAAAAAAAAAAAAAAACACAUAUCAACAAGGAGAUUGUAAUAAAGACGUUGCAUUUUCAAUCAAUCGAUCCGUCAAACAAUCAACCAAUAACUACGAGUAAAAAAUAAUAAUACUAUGAGUUUUUUUAAGAGGAAGAGAAAAGAUCACAUUCCUUUAAACGACGUUGUCUCUGUCGUGUCUUUUACGUUUUCCUUCUUCUCCAAAACUGAAAAAAACCUAAAAAAAAAACUGAUGAGUUGAGUGUUUUAAAAACACUGUGAUUCUCCUUCAUUUGUAACGUUUUA